AUGAUAUCAACAUUUGAAAGCUUACCAAAUGAAAUUCUUUUUAUUAUAUUUUGUAAUAUGUCAUGGUCAGAUUUAUUAAGAUGUUUUUGGUCCUUAAAUAAACGAUUGGAUAUAUUAAUAUGUUCAGUUUUUUCAAGAAUUAACAAUAAACAAAACAGUGGUCUUGUUUUUAUUGAACCAGGUUUAUCUUUUAAAAAAUGUCAUUCAACAUUAUUACCAUUAAUUUGCCAAUCAUCACUUUCUUCUUCUAUCCGUCGAAUUCAUUUUGAUGGAACAAAUUCGAUUAAACCUUUAAUUCAUAUUUUACCUUUUCUUAUUAAACAUCAACUUGAUGAACUUACACUAAUCUUUGAUAAACAUAUGAUUAAAUACCUUCGAUACUCAAAUGAAUUAUCAAGAAUGGAAUUUGAGGCAGGAAAAUCAGUGAUAAUAUUUAAAGAAUUAAUAGAACAACUUUUCUCAGAUGAAUGCCGAUUAACUUCACUUGAACUUGAUAUUGUUUGUAAUGAUUAUUCUCUUGAUCUUCAUAAAUGUUUAACAUCACGUAAUGAUAUUUGUUCAGAUUUUAUUUUGGAUAGAAAUCAAAUAUCUUCUGUGAAUCUUCGUCAUUUACGUAUUUAUAUUGAAUAUACAUUUUUUUUUUGA